UUCCGGAAGCAGCGCUUCCGCGGGGCGGAAGGGGGUCGUCCUCGUGUAUCUCCGUCUUUUCCAGUCCUUUUUAGCUACGGCUGCCCAUGAGCAAGCUGUGGAGACGCGGAGGCGCCUCCGGGGCCGCGGAGGGGUCGGAACCCGGGGAAGAGCUGGAACUGAGCGGCCACGGCCACGGUGGCCACAAGAAGAAGCAUAAGAAGCACAAGAAGAAACACAAGAAGAAGCUGCAUCAGGAGGAAGGGCCUGGCCCACCCCUACCCAGCACAGCCUCUGGCCCUGCCCCAGCUCCUGCCCAGCUUAAGCUUAGGAUCAAGCUGGGAGGUCAGGUCCUGGGCACCAAAAGUGUUCCCACCUUCACUGUGAUCCCGGAGGAGCCCCGGUCCCCUUCUCCCCUCAUGGUUGUGGACAAUGAAGAAGAGCCAAUGGAAGGGGUUCCCAUUGAGCAGUACCGAGCCUGGCUAGAUGAAGACAGUAAUCUGUCCCCGUCCCCUCUUGGGGAGUUGGCUGGAGGCCUUGGAGGCCGAGAAGAUGAAGAAGAGCAGCGAUGGCUGGAUGCCCUGGAGAAGGGGGAGCUGGAUGAUAACGGGGACCUGAAAAAAGAGAUCAACGAGCGGCUACUCACUGCCAGACAGAGAGCCCUAUUGCAGAAGGCACGCAGCCAGCCGUCCCCGAUGCUGGCUCUGCCGGCAGUGACCCCAGGUGCACCAGCCCUCACGGAGGAGAUGUUGAUGAAGCGAGAGGAGCGGGCCCGCAAGAGACGCCUGCAGGCGGCCAGGCGGGCAGAGGAGCACAAGAAUCAGACCAUCGAGAGACUGACCAAGACGGCGGCCCCUAGCAGCCGAGGUGGUAGAGGGGGCGCCCGUGGGGAGCGCCGGGGAGGCCGGCCAGCCGCCGCCACACCCAUGGUUCGCUACAGCAGCGGGGCCCGCGGUGCCACCCUGUCCUUCCCCGUGGGCGUGCCCACACCGGCCCCCGCCUCCCCGCCCCCUCCGCCUCCCGGCCCUAGGCCUCGCUGCUCCGUUCCCGGCUGUCCUCACCCGCGGCGCUAUGCGUGCUCACGCACGGGUCAGCCCCUCUGCAGCCUGCAGUGUUAUCGCCUCAACCUGCAGCUGCAGCUGGGGCCGCCCGAGGGAGCUGCGUCUGCGCAGCCAGGCCCCCUUGUGGCUACCUGAGAGCUCCGCCCUCGCCCAUUCCCUCCCCUCCCUGGCAGCUUGACCUCGGCCCCUCCCAGCUUUUGGCGUGGUUGGGAGUCUCUCCGUCUUCCCCCUUUUUCUACCUCGGGCUCUUCCCCGCCCUGCCCCGUUCCUCCUUCCUCCCUCCCCCCGCACCCGAGUUACUGAGCAAACCUUAGCCAAUUCUUCCAGACUGCUCUCCGAGAAAGCAGCCUUCUCUAGGAGCUCUGAACGUUAAUUGGUAGACUCGAUUUCCACAAGGCGGGACUAAUGCCUUCUAUUGGUGGUUGAUCCUGCCGAUCAUAGCCCUGGAGCUAUUGCUUCUUCACUCUUUGUCUCUGGGCUCCUGUUGUCUGGGUGAAUGGUGGAGACGCGGCAGCGCAUUGGUCUCCGGAAGUGCCUUAGAGAUCUGAUUCCAUUGGACGAUCCUCAAGAGGCGGCUUAUGAUUGGUGGCAACCUGACGCAAUUUGAUUGCUGAUUGGCUGAGUUUCCGAGGCUCGGUAGCUGAGAGACCGGAUUGCGAUGGCGGCGGUGGCAGCUAUGGACCGGGCCGGGACUAUGGUGGUUGCGCCCCGGAAAGCAGUGGCAGGGUGGCCGGUGGCGGAGGCGGCAGCUCCCUGCCCGGGCUUGUAGGCAUCAGCAUGGAGCGGGCCAGUUCCGGGAACGGCAGCCACGAAACUUGGGGGGCUCUCCGGGUGCGGCAGCUGCAGGUAUCGUGAAGCUUAUGCCUGCUGUCGCGACAGGGCAGAAACCUAUCGCGACAGAUGAUUCCGCCCUCUUUCUCCUGGAACCGAGGACAUCCGGAAGUGUCCUAUCAUUUGCCCUUUGGGAAACACAUCAAGUGUCCCGAUAGGCGUGGCCGACCCAGCUUCUAUUGUCUUUGUCACCCAGUUGGUUUCAGGGCUCUGGGAAAGAGUGAUGGGUAUUUCCUGGGGAGAUAGAGAGGAAAGAGGCAAUAAUAUCCCGCUCAGAGAGGAGGCCCCAGCUUCUUCGGAUGUCUUUUGUUAAACCUGGGCUUUAUGCGGCCUGGUAAGGCUUCUGCUCUCAGCGAGAGGUGGAGGGAGCUUUCAGAACUAGGAAAUAGCCUCUUGUCCUCCCUUUGCAGAAGAGAGCUCUCCGGGCCCUGACUGGGAUUCUACCAAUGCUAGAGCUUCUCUAUUGACAAGAAGAUCACUUAAGGAGGCUGUUUUUCUGCUGGACAGCUCUAAUUAUUAAAAUUCUUUGCUUAUGUCCAAA